AUGAAACGUGAGAUCAAGGCUCUUGAGAAGCGAAUCGAAGAGAUGGAGGCUCGGUCCACCGCCAAUGCAUUGCAACAUGACACCCCCGAAACUGUACAUGAGCUUAACCCAAGUGACAUAUCCGACAACACAAGCCUGGACACAUCCCCUAACAGCGUGGACGCUGAAUCAGCGCUGUGUCUUUCGGCGCCCUUUGGCUCUCUGCCACCUGUUCAGGCACAGUCCUUCGCCGAUACGGCGCUCUGCGGUCUUGGACUCUUUGGCUUUAUUGUUAACCCUAACGUCCAUAGGGGUGAGCCGUUCUGGCUGAACCAUGAUCCUCUGACCCAGUGCGAUCCUGUAUCAGACCUGGAGGCUGAGGAUAUCCCCGGGGCAGCAAGUGUAGACCAACUGAGGACACAUCCCCAACCGGACCCGCAAGCUCUAUCCGGAUCCUCGGAGCGCACCUACCUGGAACUCUACUUUCAAAUCAUCAACCCACAAUGGCCUCUUUUUAUUCAAAGCGACUGUCAGCGCUGGUUCGAUCAUCAGGAAAGCUACGGCUCAGCUGAGGUUAGCUUCCAGGAGUGCUUCAUCCAACUGAUUUGCGCAACUGGGGCUUUGUUUUGCAGCUCCUUCCAGCCAAGUUGCCCGCACCUCGCCAAGUCCGAUGCGCUGUACCAGCAAGCACUUGAAUCUCAAGAGCGCUACACGUCACCCAACUCCCUCGCUCGUCUUAUUUCCAUGUUGGUGCAGAUCAUAUACUUGCUGCAUCAACCAGAUUCGGACGUCUUGAGCGAUACGCUGGCGACAACGGCCAAGACCUGUCGCAAGGUAUUGAAACAGAUUGGAUGGCGUCUUCGGAGUGUGUCCGAUACGCACGCGACAUCACUUCAAUUUGAAGAUUCCCAAUACUUUAGCACUGAUACCACGAGGAUGGUUCUCAUGACUUGUUUCACUAUUAAUGAGGUUCUUUGGAGCCAAUGCUCGCGUUUGAUACAGCAGAAGACUGGGUUUUCGCGCGACCCUGGUGCUGAGCAUACCUUUGAGAUUCGCCGCCUUCAAUUCGAGAUCCGCCGCUUCAACCGCCAGACAGCACACCUGCCUCCAACAGACUCUAACCGCCUAUGCUGGAGGGACACCCUCAAGGCAGAGCUGGAUUGCUGGAAGAGGGCCAUCGAUGGCAUAGCCUUAGAGGGGGACUCGUCAGUCAACCACCGACCGCAAACGAUGAAAAAGAUGUACGACUACUCGCUCUGCAUCCUUUUCGAGAGCGAGCUACUUACUCUAGAUGAUGUCUACCUCGAAACCCUCUGGCGGGCUGCCAGCGAAGCGUGCUCGUCAUUUCGCAGGAUUCAAAACAGCGGGGCGAUGAUAUACUUUACCUGCUCAGCGCUUCUUGCUCAGUUUCGGAUGGGAAUGAUCUUGCUGGCUUGCUUCUGGCUCGCGAAACACCACGACCGAACCUCGGCUCGCCUAGCUUCGGAAACAUACGAAGCCGUCGAUGCCUGCUUCGACACAUUGUCCAAAUUUGGGAGCAGAUGGACGAGCACGAUGCUGUAUCGUAACACGUUUGAAAUAGUGGCGGCUGCUACGCCUUUCGUGAGGCUGCCAAACUCGGACCGCCACGUCUUUCCGCGGCAGAAUGUUGCCGAAUUAGAGUUAAUGCGAAGCCAGCUACAGCGCCGGCAAACGCCCGAGGUCAUUAUAGCUAUUCUCAAUCACAUCCUAUCUACAGCCUAA